GCCAUGGGCUUGCCUCCUUUACCUCCAGGUUGGGCGGAAUUCAUAAGUCCAAGCGGAUUGCCGUACUACUAUAAUGCAAUUACCAAGGAAUCAACUUAUCAGCGACCGAUGCCCAACUUUGCCAUGGCAGCACAAAUACAUGCUCAGCAGGCCGCGGUUAAAAAGAAGGAGAAACCACUAGUGAAGACGCCAAUACCUGGCACGGAAUGGAUUCGAGUGAUCACUACCGAGGGGAAUACGUUUUACACACACAAAGAGAAGAAGCAGAGCGUGUGGACCGUACCAACAGAGAUCAAGGACGCGGUAAAGCAGCUUGAGAUGCAGGAGGCGGAGAAGAAGGCAGAGGAACAUCGGGAAAAGCAGCGACGGGCAGAGGAGGAAGUUGCUAUGGCAGAUGCAGAGCGGCUGGCAGAGGUGGAGAGGAUCAAGGACGAAGUGGAGAGUAUGGUCAAGAAGCGUGCGAGUGAGGACGUGCCCAUGGAUGAAGUCCUCGUUGCCAAGAAGCCGCGAAUAGAGGACGUGAACGACGGCGAAGAGGACGACGAGGACGAGAGUGAAGAAGAGGACUGGCAGCGGGAGGCAGCCGUACAGCUAGCUGCGGAAGCUGAGGCAGAGUUGCAGAGGCAGCAGGAGGAGAAACAGGCCGAGGAGGAAGAACGAAAAAGGGAGGAGGAAGCUCAAAAACAAAUCAAUAUGCCCGCUCGUGUUGACAUCUCUAUCGAAGAGGGCAAAGCCUUGUUCAAGACUCUAUUGCGAGAAAAAGACAUCAAUCCGCUUUUGCCAUGGGACACGUCCCUGCCUCUCUUUGUCACAGAUCCUCGCUAUGUGCUCCUUCCCAAUGUCAACGCCCGUAAAGAAGCGUUCGACGAGUACUGUCGGGAUCGCGCUCGGGAGCUUAAAGAACAGAAAGUCAGAGAACAGAAAGAAGCUGCCAAUCCGAAAGAAGCCUUUGAAAGGUUACUGAAGGAGGAGGUAAAAAGUACUCGGACAAGUUGGACCGAUUGGCGACGUCAAUGGAAGAAGGACCGACGAUUCUACAACUGGGGAAGAGAUGACCGAGAGCGUGAGAAACGGUUCAGGGACUACCUGAAAGAACUAGGCGAGAAGAAACGAGUAGAGGCUCAGAAAGCCGAGACCAAUUUCUUCGCGUUGCUCAAAGAAAGUGGUUUAGCUACUCCAGGCGCCGUCUGGAAAGAAGUGAAACAAAAUAUUCACAAGGAUCCUCGGUACGACGCGGUUGGGUCAUCCUCGCUGCGCGAGGAGUUGUUCAAUACUUUCCUCAAGGCACGCGGCGCUGAAAAGCUCGCCCAAUCUAUUCCCGCCCCUUCCAAUGAAGCCAUGAAAGAGAUCGACGAGAUGAUUGACGGGAUUGAUCAAGAGACGAAACGGAAGGAAAAGAAAGAACGAGCUGUUCGGGAACGUGAGCAGAAAGUGAAGGCGGACCUCACUCGUGUAGAGGCAGAUAUCGGACGAUCACGAAUGGGGGCUGAUAGAGAAGAAGGCGAGCGGGAGUACAGGACGAUGCUCAUUGACGCUAUACGCGACCCACAGAUGAGUUGGGAUAAUGCCGUCGAACAGCUGAAAGUGGACCCGAGAUUUGUCCGCUCGCCACUCGCCAUCAAUCAGCAGAUUCGCCUAUAUCAAGCCCACGUCGACCAGCUCCGCGCCAAACAUCUGAAAUCCCUGCACACGCUAUUUGAGUCGUACGCACCUUCGCUGGUCACGCGUUUCUCGGAGUUGCCGCUCUCGUCCCUCAUGUCCUCCUUGCCGGUCACGAAGCUUGGGCUGCGUGAACGUGGCUUGGAGGAGGAGUUCGACCGAUGGCAAAGAGAACGGAACCAUGAUGCACGUGUGGCGUUCGACGAGAUGCUCGGAGAGAACUCGUUUGUUGAGUUCUGGGGACGGUUGAAUAAGAUGACGGAAGAAAAGGUCAGCCAAGGCGUCAAAUUCGAGGAUGAAGAGGACGAGGAAGCCGAUGGGGAAGGCGGCGGUGGGCGUGCAGACAUCAAGACUCUGGCGAAAAGCAUAGACCUGAAGGAGAUCACCAAGGUGGUCAAGAACGACAAACGGUACAUUGUGUUCGACCACGUUCCAGAGCAGCGGGAAGCCUGGAUUCGCGACUACCUAUCGAGGCUACAUGCGCCGGGCCUCUCGGUGCACAUUGCGGCGAGAGAGUAGAAGGAGUGAGGGCCUGUACCUACAGCGAGCGAGAGAAUGGAUGCGGCAGCCUUCGCAUGAUGCUGCGCAGGUGGCAUUGUGAGCGAGAGCGCAGCCC